AUGAUUAAUAAUUAAAUUUAUUAACCAGUUGAAUUCGUAUAUUCAUAUACGAUAGGAGGAAAGGAGACAUAGCAUUUUUAAUUAAAAAAUUAAUUACCACAAAAGAAGAGAAAUCUUACAGAAGAAGAAAAAAGAUAAAUAAAAAGAGAAAUACAUGAUGAGUUUAACAAAAAGAAAAUUGUAAAGAAAACAAUUAAUAAGCAAAUCAUUAUUAAUAUUAAUCACAAAAAAUAUUUAAAAUUGUAUGUCUUAUUUAAUAUAGAUUAGAUUUAAGAAAUUAAAAAGUAGAAAAAAUAAAGUGACAAAAUUAGGUCUAGGAAAAAGAAUAAAAUUAGUAAAGAGAGAAAGAAUCUACAAGUUGACUAAAGAAGAUGAUGAAGAGUAAGUAAAAGUAAAGGAUGCUUAUGACAGAGAGUAUGAUAAAGGUAAGGUAAAGAAGGUUAAGAAGAAAAGAGAAAAAUAAUAACUAGAUUUUGAUAAAGCAUAUAAAUUAAAAUAUAAUAAAUGA